UAAUCCCUACCUCCAAUUCCAAAAGUCUCCUCUGUCUCCCUUUUUCUAUUUAUCUCACAAUACCAAGUUUGCCAAAUAAAAAAACACUCAUAGAGUUACCAUGAUCACAUCCUUCAUUCAUCACAUAGAGAAUUAGAAAGCACACAACUAUUUAGAGAGAGAGAGAGAGAGAGAUAAUAAACACUAGUUAGUGAGAGAGAGGUGUGAUGGGAAAUUACAGGUUCAAAUUGUCAGAUAUGAUGCCUAAUGCUUGGUUUUACAAGCUUAGAGACAUGGGAAGAACAAGAAAUCAAACACAAACACAAACAACACAACAACAAAGGAAGAAAAAGAAAUCAACAACCACAAACACAUCAAAAUCAAAGCAACCCCACCAAACCAAUCCAAGAAAAUCUUACUACUUUACAAGAGAACUUAACCAAACAAGCAAUAACAACAUAAUCUACAACACUUCACCUGAACAACCUAGAAAAUCAUCAUCAAAACAACAAAGACCAAAAAUAAGAACACCAAAAACAUCAUCAUCAACAUCAUCUCCACUUGAUAGCUUUUCAGAAUCAGAAUCCCCUGACCCAGAAAUCAGAACAGACCGUGUUCUUCUUCCCACAAAUGACAUCAUAAUAGAUGUUGACAACAAUUCUUUAAUUUCAACAAGAAAAGAUGAUAAGCUAAAUGGGUAUGAUUCAUUAUCAGAACUCAUGAAACUUCCACCAAUUGUGACAAAACCAGAGAAUUUCAAUUACUUGCUAAACUAUACAAAGAAGAAACAAACAAAACCCAGAAGCAAAAUUUCAUCAAAUGAUGAACAUAACGUUAAAGGGUCACUAAAAGUCAAGAUUUUGAAGGAUGAAGAACAGAGGAACAUCAACACAAACACACCAAGUAGAAGAUUCUCUAUGAGUUCACCAAGUGUGAAGCUUAGAAUCAAUUCUAGCAAGAAAAUUCAAUCACAUGGCCGGAAAAGCGUGUCGUCCACCACUACUAGUUCGGCCGGUAACCGGAGAAGUCUUUCGGAUAGUUUGGCAAUUGUGAAGUCAUCAAUGAAUCCACAGAGAGAUUUCAGAGAAUCAAUGGUGGAGAUGAUUGUUCAGAACAAUAUUAGAACAUCAAAGGAUUUGGAAGAUCUUCUUGCUUGUUACCUUUCUUUGAAUUCAGAUGAGUAUCAUGAACUUAUCAUCAAAGUGUUCAAGCAAAUUUGGUUUGAUUUGACUGAUAAUCAGUAGAAGAAGUUUAUUAAUUAAGUUACUAUUUCACACAAAAAAUUUCAUGUUCAUAUGUUAGUGUGAGUAAUAUUUUGGUUUAGUUCAAUACAAUUUAAUGCUUAAAUUUAUGUUCAUAUAUGUUAGUGUAAGACAAAUAUGGUUGAUGCAGUCACAAUAAGUCAAUAAUCAUGGCAGAGGUUUGAACCUUGAGAUUAUAGUGUGUCUUUGGUUUUACUAUAAGGAGUUAAAAGUCAUUUUAGUUGCAUAAAUUUUAUUUUGAUAUGUUUGAGUGACAUUGAUUAGAAUUUAGAAUUGAAUUUGUUUUGGGAAAUUAAUUUUAAUUUGAAGAUAUGAUUUCAAU